GUUGCUGAUAUGCUUAUAAACGAGCUUGAAAUGCAGAAAAAAGAGAUAAAAAAGAAAAAACGAAAGAUUUGGACUCGUAAUUGGAUACGUAAACGUCAGGCGCUUGGAGCUUCCUCCAAUUUCCUUACAGAAGUGGCGGGUGAGGAUAAAGCCACAUUCAAAAACCAUCUGAGAACAACUGCAGAACAGUUUGAGCAACUAUUGGAAAGUGUAAAACCAGAAAUUCAAAAAGUUGAUACAAGUAUGAGAGCUGCAUUACCUGCAAGAUUGAAACUACAAAUAACCCUUCGUUACUUGGCAAGUGGAUGUUGUUUUCGUACGCUAGAAUGUUUGUAUAGAGUUCCCAAAUCUUCAAUAUCCAAGUUUUUACCUGCAGUACUUGAAGCAAUUUAUGAAUCAUUGGAGAUGUAUAUUCAGGUACCAAAAACUAACGCUGAGUGGAAUAUCAUAGCGAGAGGGUUUGACGAGCGCUGGAACUUUCCAGGAUGCUGUGGAGCUAUAGACGGGAAACACGUCAACAUUCAGCAACCACAGGGUAGUGGAAUCGAUUUUUCUAACUAUAAGGGCUUUUUUGGCACCGUCCUUAUGGCACUUGUUGAUAGUGAUUACAGUUUCAUUUUUAUAGAUGUUAGGAGUUGAGGGAAUUGUUAGGAGGGAAGAAUGAAUGACAGUACAAUUUUUAACCAAUCUACAUUAAAAGCCUCCAUAGAGGAUAAUUCGCUUAAUUUUCCAAAUUGGGGUGUAAUUCUGGGCGACGAGCGGUUUGCUAUUAAAGAAUAUCUUAUGAAGCCAUAUUCUCGAAAAAUGCCUUUAAAAGCCGAAGAAAAGAUUUUCAAUUACCGGCUCUCUCGGGCUAGACGAGUAUUUGAGAAUGCAUUUGGAAUACUGGCAAUGAGAUUUCGAAUCUAUCGUAGCCCUAUUUACUUGUGUCCCGAAAGGGUAGACAAAAUUGUGAAAGCAACGUGCGCGCUCCA